AUGUCAUCAGAGCUUGAAUUAUUGAGACAGCGUAUUAGUGAACUUGAAGCUAAGAACGCCAAGCUUGAGACUGAGAAAAGGAAAUUAGCCGAGAAUGAGUCCGAGAAAGUUGAGCUUAAUAGAAGGAUUGCUGAGGUUCUAAGACAGGCUGUGGAAGAGAAUAAAUGGC